AUGGAGAAGGUACACCCCUUCAUGCUGAUAUGUAAUACUAGGACUGAAACGCCUCAGUAUAUGGAAUAUUUCUCCCUUGAGUUCAACAAUCAGACUUCCAAGUUGCUUUUUACGAUCUUGCAUAUCUGGUUCAUACACCGAGGAUUCCACAGGAACAAUCUGGAAACCAGGAAGAUGCUGAUUUGGGAGCACUUGUGGGAUCGUAUGCGUGACAUUUUGAUUGCGAGCGGUGGAGACAGUGACACUUAUGAGCGCAAGCUGGUCGAUAUGCAGUCCAGAACUUUCGGCCUGUGCCUCUCCUUCGAUGAGGCUUUUGACUUCUAUAAUGAAAACGGCGACCCUAAGAUGAUUAAGAAGAUCAUUAGUCGGGCGUUUUACAACAGUGAAAAUGAUGGUUAUGGCUCUGAGAAUGUCGAUAGGCUGACUUUCUACUCUAUAAUGAUGGAAUCCUUUAUGACUCAACUUCCUAAACGUGAGCUUAAAUAUGGCCUUUUCCAGUGGUUAGUUUCUUAA